AUGGUCCUCCUUCUUACGACAGAUCGCAUCCUCGCCGCGUUCGAAGCUAUUCCAGCUUCGCGCCACGAGGAGCUAGACUUGCCUACCACGCUGGAAGCACAAGGCCCAAUAGCCCACGAACAACUGAUCCGGCUCGCCAGAUACCUCCAAAACGACCCAGAAUACAAAGAGCAGGCCUCUCACAUCCCAACCGUCCUCAGUUCCCUCCUCCGCGGCACGAAAGUCUACGUCCCUCCGCCGCCAAAGAAGCCAGAGCCUAGCGCCGAAUACCUCGCAUCAAAAGCACGCCUCAUCGCAGCAACUGAACAAGAAUCCUACAACCGACUCUUAAACCCAAACUACCGACCAAACGCUGACCACGCGGAUCCGCACGCAUCGCCCUACACGAGCGACGGCCGAGUAGAAGAAGAUACGCUGACGGUCUCACUGGUUUCGAGUGUCUUCAUCUCGGUGGUGGUGACCGGGUUCGGCGUGUACGCGGCGCUCACGAAGUUCCCGACGCCGGAGAUAGUGGCGAGCGAGGCGGUUAAGGUUCUUCUCGGGUUGUUUUCGGCGCUGAGUGUUGCCGUUGCAGAGGCGUUCUUGUACUGGACAUAUCUUGAAAAGGUGGAUCGGGCGAGGGUUAAAGAGAGGGCGGUUAAGGAGAGGAAGGUUGUUAUUGGGCCGGUUGGAGAGGAGGAUAGUGCGGAUGAGGCUGUUGAGGUUGGGACGGAGAAGGAGGAAAUUUGGGGGAAGGGGGUUAAUGGGGGUGUUAGGAGGAGGGUUAGGGAGAAGUGGGAGAAGGGGAGGGAUGGGAAGAAGGAUGUUGGGAGUCUUUGA